AAGUUGUGAUUAAAGAGAAGGUAUCUAUGAUUUCAUAUUUAAUUUCUUUAAAUGUUCUUUCAUCUCAUACUUGAUUCAUAAGUGUAGGUAAUUAGCAUUUAAUUGAUAGUCACAUUUUUAUUCUCACAAAGUUAAUAUGUAUUUCUCUAGAAAAAGCCAAAUCCAAUGGUUUCAUCCAGUAUGUUCUCUCACAUUCUUCUUAAAUAUAAAAGCUUAUUGUAAAUGGGGAUUAUUUUGGUUUUUGUUCUUGUAUCCCCAGUAUCCGGCAAUAUGCCUGGCCUAUAGUAUUGAUAGGUGUUUAAUAGAUUUUUGUUGAUUGAUUAAAUGAUGCUUGGGAAAGAAACUAGGAGACUCGUUGUCUACCUGAUUACCAUUAUUAGAAUUAAAGGAAUAGUUCCUUGGAAAAAAUGACCAGUCUCUAAGGUAAGAAUUUUAAACCUCAGAACAAUGAACUUCUUUUUUUUUUUAAUUUCUUAAAUUUAUUUAUUUUUUAAUGCAAAUUUUUGAAUCAUGUUGGGAGAGAAAAAUUGGAGCAAAAAGGAAAAACCACUGAAGAGGGGAAAAAAACAGAAAAAAAAAAGAAAUGAACAUGGCAUGUUGAUUUACAUUCAAUCUUCCAUAGUUCUUUUUUUGGAUACAGAUGGCAUUUUCUAUCCAAAGUAUUGAGAUUGCUUUGGAUCACUAAACCACUGAGAAGAACCAAGUCUUUCUUUCUUUCUUUCUUUCUUUUUUUUCCAAAUUUUACCCUUUACUCUUUAUUUUUUUUAUUAUAGCUUUUUAUUUAGAACUUAUAUGCAUGGGUAAUUUUACAGCACUGACAAUUGCCAAAUCUUUUGUUCCAAAUUUUCCCCUCCUUCCCCCCAUCCCCUCCCCCAGAUGGCAGAUUGACCAAUGAAUGUUAAAUAUGUUAAAGUAUAAAUUAAAUACAAAAUAAGUCUACAUGUCCAAACAAUUAUUUUGUUGUACAAAAAGAAUUGGACUCUGAAAUAGUGUACAAUUAGCCUGUGAAAGAAAUAAAAAUGCAAGUGGACAAAAAUAGAAGGAUUGGGAAUUCUAUGUAAUGGUUCUUAGUCAUCUCCCAGAGUUCUUUCGCUGGGCGUAGCUGGAAGAACCAAGUCUUUCAUAAUUGAUCAUCACACAUCAAUGAACUUGUUUCCUGGAAAAUAUUUUGAUAACUGUAUUUCAAUAUAAUUGAUUUUGUUUGUAAUAUUACAUGUCCUAAUUGACACAUUUUAACUUGUCUCCAGUUUCUUCCCACUCUAAGCCAUUCUCCAAAAGUAAUUUUCUGAAAGCACAGAUAUGACUAUGUUAGUUCUUCAAUAAACUCCAGUGGUUUCCUGUCACCUCCAGGAUCACAUUCAAAAUUGUUUCUCCAUCAUACAAAACCCCAAACCUCACUCUUGCCCCCCACCCACCAUCUUUCCAGGCUUCUUACACAUUAUAUGCCUCAACAAUUCUCUUUGAUCAAAUGACCCUGGUCUCCUCACUAUUUCAGGAACAAGACAUUCCAACUCUGGGCCCCAGGCAUUUUUUUCUGGCUGUUAUCCCCCUUGCCUGGAAUGCUUCUCAUCUCCCCCUCCUGCUUUCCCCGCCUUCCAUCGAGAUCCAGUUAAACUCUCACCUUCUACAAGAAAUCUUUUCCAACUCCUUUUAGUUCUAGUGCCUUCUCUCCAUUAAUUAUUUCCUCUUUAUUCUAUAAAUAGUGUGUUUAUAUAUAUUUGUUUGCUUGUUGUAUCUCUCAUUAGAUUAAACCCUUUGAGGGCAGAGAGUGACUUUUGCCUUUUUUUUUUUUUUUUUUUUGCAUCCUCAGCAUUUAUCAAGGUACUUGGCACAUUGCAGUUGCAUAAUAAAUGUUUACUGGAUGACUGCCUGAGGGUUCUUAGCUCUUGGUUUAUUGCCAAAAGGGUCCAUGACACAUAAAAAAGAUUAAGAACCUUAAGAUCUAGGAAGAUAUAUCUGACAAAGACAAUUUAUUCUUGUGAUAGCAAAGAACCACCCUUCUAAACAAAGAUUUUUUUUUUAAUUUAGAAAGAAAAAAAGAGAAAAUUCAGCAAAAUCACCAAAUACUGAUACAAACACAUCCCAGGCAAUAUUCCACAUCUGGACUAUCUUCCCUCUAUAAAACUAAUUAAGAGAAGAUCUCUUCUCAUAUCUCUUCUUUGGGGUCAAGAUUGUUCCUUAUAAUGUCCUAACAUUGAUUUUCAACCAAAAUUUGAUCUUCAAUUAAAAAUUCAAAUGAUAUUUUUCAAUGUUCAUUGCCAUUUAAAAUUUCAAAGGAAUUUAAAAAUAUACAUUAUCGUAACAAACUCAAAUAACGUUUAAAUAUUCACUUAAAUAUAAAAAUUCAAAUUAAUUUUCCAGUAUUCAUUCAAAUUUUUUUAUAGUGGUUCUUUACAUUUCCAUUACUGUAGUCGUUGUGUAUAUCGUUUUCCUUCGUCUGAUCGUUUUGCAUCAUUUCAUGGUAGUCUUUCUAUGAUUUCCUGUAUUCCUCACAUUCAUCAUUUCUUAUUCCAUGAUAUUCCAUGAUAUUCAUGUAUCACAAUUGGUUUAGCUAUUCCACAAUCAAUGAGCAUCUACUUUGUUCCCAAUACUUUGCUCCCACAAAAAAAAGUGUUGCUAAGAAUAUUUUGGUUUAUACAGUACCUUUGUUUUUGUCAUUGAUCUCCUUGGAGUAUUUACCUAGCAAUGGAAUCCCUGGGCCAAAGAGUAUGGACAUUUUAGCCACUUUAUUUACAUAAUUCCAUAUUGCUUUCCAACUAUUAUUUCUAAUAGUUUAUUCCUUCCAUUUGUAGAUAUCUCUCCCCAAGUCAGACUUCAUCACUCAGAUGGAGAAAGGUGAAAAAACAUGGAAUUGGGAAGGUGCCAAAAAAACAAAAGCUCCCAAGGGACUCCCCAGCUGGAACAGAACUUGGGAGACCAGCUGAAGACUGGAGAAAAAUGAGAAUGGUUAUGAGCUGAAAGGUCUGGAGUGUGAGUACUCUCAAGGGAUGUGCACAGGAAGAUCCCAAGAGGAGAAGAAACUUCCUGGAUUAAUGGAAAGACCCAUGUGAGUCAGUGCACUUCAGAAAAGCAGCAGGGCAAAAAGCAGCAGUUAGGAAACAGGCAGAACAAAUUCAUCCCCAAGAUAAGGGAUCUGGGGAACCUCAUUGUAAGUGACCCUAAAACUAGAUCAAGUUUUGAGAAAACCUCUGUCUUUAGUGAAUAUGGGAAAUCUUCAGUCAGCAUUCCAAUCCUAAAAAAAAAGUAUCCCAAAAUCCCUUCAGGGGAGAAUGCUACAAGGGUGUGGAUUGUGGUACAGUUAACAUCUCCUGGCAGGGAGGAAGGAAAACUCCCAAAGUCCUAUAAAAAGCCCUGAGAGUGGGAGAAUCUUUAGUGAGAACUCCAAAGUUGAAACAUACAAAAGGGGCAAGAAAUCCUACUUUCUAUCUUCCACUGAGUGUGGAGAUCGGUUCAGUGUGAAGCAGUUCCUCCUUACCCACCAAAGAAUCCACAUGGGAGAGAUACCUUAUAAAGAUCUCCAGUGUGGGAAAAGCUUUACUCAUCAUACUACCCAUUAAAUGUCAAAGAACCCACACUGGAGCAAAACCAUAUAUACAGUCAGAUCUGCUAGAACUCUUGUUUUGAAAAUGGGAGUUUGUACCAAUACGAUUGAAAUAUUAGGCGGCAAUUUGAGCAUAAUACUAAUCUGAACUUGCUCAUGCUCAAUUUGAUCCAUGAAAAAAUAAAAAGGCAGAAUGCAGAAAACUGUAUCCAGCUGAACUGAACCGUGGAGGAACAAAACACACACAUCUUAUCACCUUCUUCAGUUCACUGUGUGUUAACCUAUAAGGUUGUGUUUUGCUGUGUUUUUUUUUUCUUUAUUUGUGAACUUUUCUCUCCCUAUAUAUAUAUAAAAAAAACACUCAUUCUACAUCCCAAUCAUGUCUAAGUCUAAGCGUCCUGACUCAAACCCAUCAGGCCAUGGAUGCAAAAGAAAAACUUUCAGUAUUGAGGAGAAGCUUGAAAUAAUAAAGCGUUUUGAAAGAAAUGAGAGAACAUGUGAUAUCGCCAGAGCAACGGGCAUAAAGGAGUCCACGUUGAGGGCCAUCAGGGACAACGCUGUGAAAAUCAAAGAGACCUCUAUGACCGGGAUAACCACGAUUUCUUCCAAGUCGGUGAGAAUCAGGCCUAAAGAAAUAGCCGAGAUGGAAAGAUUGCUGAGCAUAUGGAUCGAAGGGAAGAAAUCCAAAACCACCUUUCUCACGGUCAAAGGGAAAGCGCUCUCCAUAUACGCGGACCUUAAGCGGAAGUCACCCAAUCCUGCGGAAGUGGCCCCUUUUAGGGCCAGCUGUGGCUGGUUCAGCGGCUUCAAGCAUCGCUACAAUUUCCAUAAUCUUCAGUUCUCUAGCGAAAGCUCCAGCGCGGAGCACAAAGCCGCCCGAGAAUUCCCAGCGGUGGUCCAGAAAUUAAUUAAAGAAGAAGGCUACACGUUGGAUCAGAUUUUCAAUUUCGACGAGACGAUUAUCUAUUAUAAACGCAUGCCUGGAAAUUACCACAUCCCGAGGGGGGGGAAAUCCCCCCUUGGACAUAAGGCUUCGAAAGAUCGCUUAACUGUGAUGUUCGGAGCCAACGCCAGUGGAGACUUGAAGCUCAAACCGGUGGUAGUUUAUCGCUCGGACAACCCGCCGGCCUUAAAAGGCAUCGUGAAAGCCAGCCUCGGGGUCCAUUACAGAUACAGCAAAAAAGGAUGGAUGACCGCUCAGAUCUGCAUCGAUAUUUUUGCUGAAUUCUUCCCCGUUAUAGAGUAUUAUUGCAAGAAAAAGAACCUGGCGUUUAAAAUUCUCAUUAUCAUCGACAACGCGCCGAGCCAUCCUCCGACGAUAGCCGAACUCAACCCCAAAGUCAAAUUUGUCUUUUUGCCUCAAGAGACCACCCCUCUGAUCCAGCCCUUUGGUCAGGGGGUGAUGGCCCUGUUUAAGGCCUACUAUCUAAAGAGAACCCUGAAGAUGUUAAUUGCGGCAACCGGAGGUGAGAAUGCGGAAACCGCCCUCGAAUUUUGGAAGAGAUGUAACAUCAAAAUGGCCAUCGACAUCAUCGUGGAAGCCUGGAACGAUGUCACCAAAGAGUGUCUGCAUCGAGCGUGGAAGAAGAUGCUCCCUAACCUGAUUCAUGAUUUUGAAGAAUUUGAACCUUUGGAUCAAUUAAAACAAAUCAAAACCAGUUGCCUUGAGCUGGCGAAACAGGUGGGGUUUGAGGACGUCGAAGACGAAGACAUUGAUAAGCUGCUGGAGCUUCACUCGAACGAUCUAACUACGGAAGACUUACAACAACUUGCUGAUGGCCAAGCGGAAGCAGAAGACGAGGAAGAUGAGGAAGAUGAUGACGAUGAGGAUGAUAACGAAAUCCAGAAGGUGACUCCACGACAGCUCGACACCUCACAAUUAUCGGGUGUCUUGAGCGUUAUUGAAAAACAGUUGCAGUGGCUCGAAGACAAUGAUUACAACGCUGAAAGGAGCAGGAUAGUCGUGCACGGCAUCCGCACCAACCUGGAACCGUACAGGCAGCUUCUGUAUGAAAGGAGAAGGUUGGCAAAGCAGCAGAAACUCGAUAUCUAUUUUAAGGUGGUACGGAAGAGACGCCUAGAGGACCUCGAGCCGCAUCCAUCCACAUCUGGUAUUCCAACUUCGGGAUCAGUCUCCCCUUCUGCUGCUUCACAGUAAGCUGCAACUGCUGGAAAGCCCACUUCUGUGAGAAAACUUCAAAUCUUUGUCAAUGAGAGUGCAUUUCUUCUGACACAGAACAGUGGGUCCCUAUUAAAAAAAAAAAAAAACUAAGAUAAAGGCUCAGCAGUGAUCCAAGGAUGUGGACCCCACUUUAUCUAUUGAUAUAUUGCUUAACCACUUGACAUAUAUAAAAACCAUGCUGACAUUUUAAAUAAGUUCCUGUCCUUUUUAUGUGUCACUGGUGAAGUUUUUAGGGUUGGAGCCCUAUCCUCAUUUUCCCCAUGGCCCCGGGGCUUUUAUUACACAAGAUUAUGUAGUCUUUAGGAAUACACACGUAUUGCAUUAUAGCAGCCCAGAUCUGAGACAUAAGCUUCAUUCAUUGGUCGAUUUCAUCAAAUAUCAGAGAAGAUCCUUGGGAAGAAAUCCUGUAAGUAUCGUGUGAUCAACCCCAACCUCGACUCCAACCUCCAAGACUUCAAAAGGCUAAGAAAACAUAAAUGUUCUGAAUAUAAGGGUGGCUCUGUCCGGAGAGGUGAAGUUGCUGUACACAUCAAAGACAAGCCACUGAAAAAAGUCCAUGGGUUGAUUUCAACAGAAGGGUAUGUGACUUAAUGAUUCUUGCCAUUUCUAGUGGCGCUUGGAUCCUUUCUGGCUCAUGAUUAAGAAGUUAGCUGUAAAAUAAACAUGAAUCCAGUGAUCCUACCUGUCCUGGGAAAAACAUCUCUGCCACACCUAUCCAACUUAAACAAACCAACCUACAGAGGCUCAGCAUGGCCAUGGUUCAUGAACUGCUUUUACAUCUUAGACCCACUUUCCAGAAUCUCCCAACUUUCUGUGGUGCCUUGGAAGUCACAAAGACUGGAGUUCUUAAAAGGCAACCUUGAAUUAAGUGGGUAAUAUUCUUGGAUCAAUGUCCUUUCAGAGCCCCUCUCCAUGGACUCAUGGAAUAUGAAGUAUCAAAGCCAGGAACUGAUCCUUCCACUAUACUUGUCAUUGGUCAGAACUUUAUCGGAACAUUGUAUAUAGUCGAUGUACAGAAAUAUGUAGAGUGCCACAUUUUUAAAAUUAAAAAAAAAACAGAGAAGUUUAAGAGAGAAAAACAAAAUGAUAAGAAAUGAAAAGUAAAUUCUAUAUGGACAGGAGAGAGGAUUUGAGAUUAUUCAACUGGAGGAAAAGAAAGCUAAGGAAAACAUCCAUUUUUAGACAAAUGAAGGAUGAUGAGAGAACUGGAAGGGAUCUUAGAAGUUUUAUAUGUCUGGAAUGGAUUCUUUCCCGAUCUCUACUUCAUAGGGUUCCCCUUUUCUUUUUAAGAUUAGUUUGAAGUUUGAACUUGAAGUUAGGAUGAUCCAAGUUCACAUCCAACCUCAGAUGCUUACCAGCUAUGUGAUCACAGUAAAUCAUUCAAUCUCUAUCCUCCUCAGAUUCCUCAUCUGUAAAAUCUGUAAAAUAGAGAUGAUAGCAGCACCUGCUUCAUAGGGGUGUCAGGAUAAAACAUUUGUAAAGUGCUUUGAAAAUAUUAAAGUACUAUAUAAAUUCUAGUUUUUUCAUCUUAUGCAUGAAGGUUUUCUUCCCCCACCCCAGCUGAUAGUGCUUUCCCUCUCAAAACCCCUUGAACUUUACUUCUUUUCUUAUAAAGAUAAGUAAUUUAUACUUGUAUUAUUAAUUUAUAUUUGUACUGUAUAUGUUUUGUAUUUAU